GUAAACAAUGGGUGGGGCUUUUGAGAGAGACUUGGUAGGGCAAGAGCGGAGGCUUCCAAGUAGCGAGUGUUUGAAAGUGAGAAAAGCAGGUUGAUAUUACUUCAGUUCUACAAUGAACAGUGCCGUUACUGUCGAAAAAAUUAAUGAAUGGUUUUCAAUUGGCACACAGAUUUUUAGUGCCAAAAACGAGGAGGACGCAAAGGAAGGUUCUCUUGAGCAAAGCCUUACUGAAGAAGUUCAAAAUAAAAGUGAACCACCAGGAAACAAUGCUGAGAAUUUACAGCUUCAUCGGGAGAAGACUGUUGGCCCAAAUGAAGGUUCAGAUCUGAAGAAAUAUUUAAGUUUGCAGAAGUACAAAUACCCUGACUUGCCAAUAUCCAAGUACAGAGAGGAGCUUAUUUCACUCAUCGAAAGCAAUUCUGUUGUCAUCAUCCGGGGGAAUACUGGCAGUGGAAAGACCACACAGGUUCCUCAGUAUAUUUUGGACCACUACAGUGAAAAUAAUGUGCCCUGCAAUAUUGUUGUAACUCAGCCUCGAAAAAUAGGAGCCAGCAGUAUUGCCCGCUGGGUUGCUAAUGAACGCCACUGUGUCCUUGGAAGUAUGGUGGGCUAUCAGGUGGGUUUAGACAAAGUAGCCAGUGAAUACACCAGACUGCUCUAUGUGACAACUGGAGUUCUUCUACAGAAAAUCAUCUCUUCAAAGAGCUUGGUCGAGUUUUCUCAUAUUUUCAUAGAUGAAGUGCAUGAACGUUCAGAAGAUUUGGAUUUUCUGUUGCUGAUUGUGCGCAAAUUACUCCACUCAAAUUCUCGUUACGUUAAGGUUGUACUUAUGUCUGCUACCAUUAACUGCAAAGAAUUUGCAGAUUAUUUUGGAAAUCCUGUUCGGAGCCACAUGAACCCAGCCACCGUCUUUGAAGUGGAAGGCAUAUCUCAUGAGAUUGAGGAUUACUAUCUCGAUGAUCUGGAACAUCUAGUCUCAUAUAAUGGGAAUUUCUUGCAGUCUGAAGAACUUGCCAUAAGUAGGGCAAUGUACAGCCUUGCUGUAGACCUUAUUCAAAAGUUUGAUGACUUUGAAACAACAGAUCACAGUGCAUCUGAGGACGGGUUCUUUACAUUACCUAAUCGUGGCAGUGUUCUGGUGUUUUUGCCAGGAUUACAAGAAAUUAAUUUUAUGCAAGAUGCCCUAUCUAAACUUGUUAGGAAAAGGCUACAGGUGCAUCCUCUACAUUCCAGUGUCACUUUGGAAGAGCAGAAUGGAGUUUUUAUUAACCCAGUUCCAGGGUACAGGAAGGUAAUUCUGUCAACCAACAUUGCAGAAAGUUCAGUCACUGUCCCUGAUGUCAAAUAUGUGAUUGAUUUUUGUCUGGCUCGCCAAUUGGUUUCUGAUAAAGAAACAAACUAUCUGACUCUGCAGCUGGUAUGGGCAUCAAAAACCAACUGUAACCAGAGAAGAGGGCGUGCUGGCCGUGUUGCAAAAGGAUAUUGUUAUAGACUGGUGACAAAGGAAUUUUGGAGAGACCAAAUCCCAGAUCACGUCAUUCCAGAAAUUUUGCGCUGCCCACUGUCCAGCACGAUGUUAAAAGUGAAACUUCUGGACAUGGGAGAUCCCAGGGCUGUUUUAGGGUCAGCCCUGUCUCCUCCAAGUCUGGAUGACGUUGAGAAGACAGUCUUGCACCUUAAAACGAUUGGAGCUCUCUCUGUGAUAUGUAAGGGAGCAACAGAUAACCAGUAUGAUGGAGACUUAACAUUUUUGGGUCGUAUCCUGGCUCAUUUACCUGUUGAUCUGUACUUGGGGAAAAUGGUUGUUCUUGGACAUGUGUUUGGAUGCUUGGAAGAAUGCCUUAUUAUUGCUGCCGCUCUUUCAUUGAAGAACUUUUUUGCAAUGCCAUUCUUACAGCGCCUGGAUGGUUAUCGCAGCAAACUUACAUUUUCAGCUGGCAGUAAGAGUGACACUAUUGCUGUUGUAAAUGCUUUUAAAGCCUGGCGUACUUUACAGAAGAAUGGUGAAUUUCGAAAUCCAAAGGAUGAACUGGACUGGGGAAGGGCACAUUAUAUUCAAAUCAAGAGAAUAAAAGAGGUGGCAGAGUUGUUUGAAGAUCUAAAAGAGCGUGUGGCUCAGUUUAAUAUGCUUACUGAAGAUGACAAACUCAGUCUGAGCUAUGAGCAAACCAACAAGCAAAAGUUCAUAUUACAGGUUGUGAUUGCAGGAUCUUUUUACCCAAAUUAUUUUACUCUUACUGCCAUAGAUGAACAGUUGGCUGCCAAAGAAAUGUCUGGAUGCAACCCAGCCACCACAGUGAUGUUAAGAAAUAUUCCUCAGUAUGGAUUUUUAUAUUACAAGCAACUUCAGUCUUUAUUUAGGCAGUGUGGCCAAGUGAAAUCCAUCACGUAUGAACAUUCACGUGCAUAUGUGGAGUUCUAUCGAAACAGUGUCAAAUCCACAACUGCACACACAGAAGUGAGUCUGGCUCUAAGAAUGAGUCCGCUUCAUACUCAGCUGGAACUUUUUGUCCAUCCAAUAAAGGAAAUUGAUACUAAAGCAGAUGGGAGAGUCAUCUCUGGCAGGGUUAUAGCAGAUUUACAAAGUAAUAAUGUGUAUCCUGUAGCCAUCUUGGCUUCUGCCAGUGACUUACCUCAGUUGCCACCCAGUCCCAUGUUCACUGUUAACAUCUGUGAGGUAAUGGAAGUUGGGCACUUCUGGGGCUAUAAAAGUGAUGAGAAGAGUAUGCAGAUCCUGAUGAAACUGACAUCAGAUAUCAACUGUCAAGAGCUACAGCCUCUCUCUUCACCUCCAUACCCUAGCAUGCUUUGCUUAGCCCCAUUUAAAGAGAUGGAUUAUGUGGCUUAUUACAGAGCUAAAAUUAUUCAUGUUUCAGCAAACUCUGUUGAGGUGUUUUUUGUUGACUAUGGAAAUAUGUUGCUCACCAGAACUGAUUGUUUGAGACAAAUACCCUGUCACGUGCUUGAUCAUCCAUUUCAGGCUCAAGAGUUUCAGGUGUGUAAAAUCCGUCCCUCUGCAAAGUCCAUGAUCCUGGGAAACCAGUGGAGUGUUAGUGCCAGAAACAGAUUUAUUACACUGGUUAAGGGACAAACCCUGAUUGCUACCCUGUACUCAAUAGUACAUGACGUGAUGCGUGUUGACCUGUCCAUCAGCACAGACACUGGCGCAUGCAGCAGCAUCAGGGAAAUUCUAAUCAAGGAAGGUCAUGCUGAACAUGCGGAAGAGAGCUUUCUGUCAAAGCAAAGUAAUGAGAGCUUGAUGGCUGUUUAUGAGGAGCGUAACAGAGGGGAAGUAACUAAUAAUUCUGCAAGCAUGUCCAUGAAGCAAGAGAAGAGUCUUAUUAACAAACUCUUAGAGACGGUUCCCAAAGAUGGACCUAGCUCUUGCACUUCCACGGUUCUUUUACAUGGUCCUUUCAGUCCAUUUAGAAUUCAGCUUUCCAGCAUGAUUAGUGCAUCUCUUUACAAGUCUGUAAGAUUAGGAAAGGACAGCCUGAAUGCUACUGGCAUUAAUGAGUGUCCUGAAGACACACACCAGAGAAUGGUGGUUGCAGGAGCUGUAUCUAUAAACUUUCCAGGCUCACUACUCCUUGUGAAUGAGACAACAAUGAUGCCUUCCAUCCAUGGUUUACCAGCUCUGAUCUGCAUGCUGUUCACGCCGUUGAUGGAGCUCAGGACUAAUAUGGAGGGUACUUUAUUUACGGGUGCUCUUUGUGGACUGGGGUGGAACCAGAAGAAUAAUGAGCCAGUUUAUCCAGAUCAUGACAUUGAAGUGGUGUUUGAUGUGCAAUUUGAUGUUUCAGAUAUUGCAGAGAUUAACCAUCUACGCUGUGCAAUCAACAAGUUGGUUUGCGAUGGUCCAAAUGGCCUUUUACACAUGGGACCUCAAAGGAUCUCUCAUCUUCAGGAAAUGACAUGCACUGCACUGAUCAAUUUGUUUUCUAAACCCAGAAAAUCUGUGAUCCCUUACUAUUAUGAGAAGCAACAUAAAUGGAACGAGGUGGACCAGAGUAUUAAGAUGGAGCUUCCACAGAAGGAUGCUGUGCUGAAAGGAGGAAUAGUCUACCAGCUGCAUCCCCUCAUUCUACUGAAUUCCUAGAAUGGCAAAAGAUAGAAUUUACACUUAAUCUGUAUGUUGCACUUCAUGUUUUCUUUUGUUUAUUUUUAUGUUUGAGUUUGUUUGAUGUUCAUUUAAAA